UCGACACCCGCCCUCUCGCUCGACAGAUGGUUCCGCCCGUGCGCCCUGCUCCGCCACCUGCCCUUCUCGAGGCCCUGCGCACCGCCCGCGUCCCGCUCGAGUCGUUCGACGAGGCGUGCGCCGCCUGCGCCGAGUGCGAUGACACCGACGCCGCCGACUACCCGAAAGGGUUCGAGAUGGACCUCGAGACGACCAUGCUCGGGUCCGUCAACCCGCUCGGAAGGCAAAUCCUCGUCUCGACCGGCAAGUCGGACUGGAUCCGCGAGGUGACGGACGACGCCGACUCGAUCCCGGGUCUCGUGCGGGCCGUCUUUGACGAGACGAGCGCGGCAGGGACGCCGAGUGAGAAGAAGGGCCUGCUCGGCAAGUUCGGCGCCAUGGUCCUCGGCGGCGACAAGAAGAAGGAGGACGAGCAGGAGGGCAUUCCGGGCGUGCACCCGUCGUCGGCGGCACCACCUGCAGACGGCGUCGUCUCGUCCAAGCUGUCUAUCCUGUCGUCGUCCUUCAUCUCGUCGUCGCACGAGGGUCAUCGCGAGUCGGUCAUCGUCCUGCCCGACUACAAGGUCGUGCACGAGGUCGAGGCGUCGAGGGCAGCUGUCGGCGAGCUCGUCAAGGGCUACUUGCGACCUGAGGUCGGCCGGGCCGGCGCAGGAGAGCUGUCGGGGUCGUUGCGAAGCUGGCCGCUUCCGUAUCAAUGCGUCAUCCUCCUGUGCUCGCAUCGCAAGCGCGACAAGCGCUGCUCAAUCGCGGCGCCGCUCCUCAUCUCGCAGUUCCACCAUCACCUCGAGAAGCACGGCUUCCACGUCGACGAGCGCGGCGACGACCUGACCGAGGAUGCCGACCCGAUCGAGGCGUGGGAGAGCGAGGACAAGGAGGCGAGGCUCAAGGAGCAGCUCCAGGGCGUGCAGAAGGCGGACCAGGCUCGAGUCGGGCUCUUCAAGGUGUCGCACAUUGGUGGACACCGGUAUGCGGGCAACGUCAUUCUCUACUUCCCCAACGGUUCCUCGGUGUGGUACGGCCGUACGAUACCCUCGGACGUCGGCCUCAUUGUCGACCGGACCAUCAUGGAGGGCAAGGUCGUGCCCGAGUUGCUGCGCGGCGGGCUCGGUCUCGAGGGCAAGGACGGCGACAAAGGCGUGCUCGACUGGUAGAACGACGACGGCGCUUUCUCUCUCUGUAGAAGCUCUCUCGAUCCUCGGAAUAGAUCAGUACCUCGCGC